AAGUGAGUGAGUGAGUGAGUGAGCGAGCGAGCGAGCGAGCGAACGAGCGAGCAAGCAAGCGAGCAAGCGAGCGAAGAGAAGAGAACAGAAGAGAAGUAUAGGGGCCUAGGGCACAGAAUCGAACCGCCGUUGGGUUGGCUCCACGGUAACGCUGGUGGCUCUGUCCGACUGGUGGUGACCGACCGUGGUCGUCCGUCCGUCAUAUUCCCGGUUUGAAAGCAAGGUUGCGGGUAGAGUUGUUGCGACGCAGGAGAGAAGGUGCAGUGAUCUGGUGUGUUUAAGAAGAGUUUAAGGAAAAAUUUCAAGAGAUCACUACCGGUCAUGGAAAAGCGGAUAUCUCUCGAGCAACGGGGCAGGAAACCCGCCGACAUUAAAGAAUUGGUUCUUGAUAAUUGUCGGAGUACAAAUAUCGAUGGUCUGACGGAUGAAUUUGUUGCUUUAGAAGUUUUGAGUCUUAUUAAUGUGGGUCUUACCAGUCUAAAAGGUUUUCCAAAGUUGCCCAAUUUAAAAAAGUUGGAACUAAGCGACAAUAGGAUUUCUGGUGGAAUUAAUCUUUUGCAUAUGAGUCCAAAAAUAGAUUAUCUUAAUCUUAGCGGGAAUAAAAUCAAAGAUAUUGAUACGCUCCAACCAUUGAAAGAAUUCAAGAAUUUGAAGUAUUUGGAUCUCUUUAACAACGAAGUAACAAAUGUUGAUAAUUACAGAGAGAAAGUAUUUAGUCUUGUCCCUAAUCUACGAUAUUUAGAUGGUUUUGAUAAGGAUGAUUGCGAAGCAGAAGAUAGCGAAGAUGACGAAGUGAAUGGUAAUGAGGAUGGUGAUGGUGAAAUUAAUGAAGAGGACAGUGAGGACGUUUCUGAUGAAGAAGAAGAUGAUAACAUAGAUGGUUUAGCAGCGGUCUAUAAAAACAAUCUUGAAGAUGAAAGUGACGAGGAAGAUUACAUGGGCGAAGAGGAGGAAGAAGAAGAUGAUGAUUAUGAUAUACUUGAAAUUGAAGGGGAAGAGGAAGAAGAUGCGUCUCCAGCCCGUGGGAAAAAAAGAAAACAUGAAGACGUGGAGUCCGGGAACUAGAGAAUCCUAAAGUAAGGGAGAACAGGCAUCUGACACUGUUUUUAAAUGAGUGUAAAAUUCUUAUAAAUAAUAACAAUAAUUGCGACGCGCUGAGAGUGGAAACACAGCUGGGAAUCAAACCUAAUUGACCGACCAAUGACAGAGAGACUACAGUUAGUAGUGGUGUGAAUUUAUCAGUAAAUCAUUAACUGAAUAAUUUUGUUUGUGAACAAAAAAAAAAAAAAAAAAAAGAGAGAGAGAGAAACGAAAAGGGGGAAAAAAAGAAUAGAAAGUAAGAAAGUAAGAAAGUAAGAAAGAAACAA